AAAUGGACAAGGUCAAGAUUGAGUUCCUGGGCAUGGUGGCAAUGUUUGUCAUGGCCGUAUCACUUUCCGGUCAUCUUGUCGCGGCGGAAGUUCGUAACGAUCGUCGGAACGUAGCGCGAUACAACCUUAUCUGCAACGGGCAUUUUCGCCAGCUCUAUCGGUACUGCAAAAGAUAUAUAAAAGCCAACAGGAUUAGGCUCGUGCCGCCCCCGUCGCCGCGGUGUUGUCAGGCGAUCGAGAGAGUUGAUUUGUACUGCAUCUGCCGUGAGAUCCCAGCGCGACUGGAGCAGUAUGUUAGCAUGAGAAAGGUGUCAAUUGUUGCCAGUGACUGUGGACACCCAAUUCAGAGCGGAACUAAAUGCGGAAGUUACACCGUUCCAACGUUUCAACUGGCGAAGAAGAAGCUACCGCCACCACCGCCACCAAAGAUUCAAGAGGAGAGGAAGGUAUAUCCGCCCCCGCCCCCGCCCCCGCCACCAAAGCUUCAAGAGGAGAGGAAGGUAUAUCCGCCCCCGCCCUCGCCACCAAAGAUUCAAGAGGAGUGGAGAGUGGCGCCCCCUCCACCUCCUAGGUCUCCUAGAUCGUUUUAG